AUGUGGAGCGAUGGUGUUGGCUGCGCAAAUCUCACGGCCUGGUGCUCCGGGCUGAGGGGAUGUGCGUUAACACGUGACGUCCUUCUUUUGGAUGCGGUGCUGUUGUGUGCGGGCGUGCCAGCACGGUCUACCGUGCGUCGAGAUGGUGAUGAGGUUUGGAUAGAAGAUGGCGGUGCUCCGGCACGUUGCUCAAAGAGUUACGGUCGUAUGAUAUAUGGGGUGAAUGAGAUGAUAACAGAGAUGGUGCUUCGACGUCUUGAAAAUCAAGGGUCGUAUGAUAUAUUGAUAAAUGUAUUUUCCUUACAAUCUACCACUACUCCUAGGAAAGCAAAUAAAGGUAUUGAAAGUGCAUUACAGGAAAAUAUAAUUUGCUCCGUGGGAGGCUUUUGUUUGGUGUUUGAACCCCUUGAAUGUAGUCUUGAGCUUAGUAUUUAUAGGGGAAGUCCUGGAGGGACAAUCGAGGCUGAAAAGAUCUACAUGGUGGAGCCUGAUCGGGGCAAGUGGAUAGUCAAAUCGGCAUUUGGGAUCGUGAAGCAUGGUGGUGUGACCCCUAUAAAUCCCGGUAAAUCUCGGCCACCGCUCUGA